GGGGGGGAAGAGGAGCAAGCAGUAGGAGGAGGAGUGGAAAGACUUCCUAACGCGGCUUGGCUGUCAGCGCCUCGGAGUGUGUGGAUGAGGCGUCCCAAACAGGCCAGCCUCUUGGAACAGGCAGCGGAGUUGGAUUGCAGGAGGCAGAGAGUCGCGAGAGAUUUGAGAUCACAGAGAGAGAGAGCGCGCGUGUUUUAGAUUAAGAGACGAAGGCGUAAGAGGGAUCGAGAGAGAGGAUAGACAAGAACGUGCAGACAGAUACGAGCGAGAAGAGAGAUAGCAAAUGAUAACACGAGAUAGAAAGAUAAUUGAGACAUAUAUAUGAAGGGGAGAGAGUAAUAUAGCGGCAGAAGAUAAGAUAUCUCUCUACCAUAAAGCACUGAAGACAAUCAACCAGCAUGAGCUAACCAGAGGUGACGUGAGUGCUCAUCGUCAUCAUCAUCAUCUCACCACCACCUGCGCGUCAGUCAACAACAGAGCCCAAGCCAUGAUGGAUCACCACUCCACUUGCAACCUGUCGGCGCCUCUGCAGGUAAACCUCGAGGGCCAGGAGACGGCACCAGCAGCAGCAGCAGCAGAGGUGUCCCUCUCCUACCAGGUGCUCACGUCCAUGUGCCUGGGAGCUCUCAUCCUCUUCUCCAUCGUGGGCAACUCGUGCGUGAUCGCCGCGAUCGUGCUUGAGCGCUCCCUGCAGAACGUGGCCAACUACCUGAUCGGCUCUCUGGCCGUCACCGACCUGAUGGUGUCCGUCCUGGUGCUACCCAUGGCCGCGCUGUACCAGGUGCUGGGCAGGUGGACGCUGGGCCAGGUGGUGUGCGACAUCUUCAUCGCGCUGGACGUCCUCUGCUGCACCUCGUCCAUCCUGCACCUGUGCGCCAUCGCUCUCGACCGCUACUGGGCGAUCACCAACCCCAUCGACUACGUGAACAAGAGGACGCCGCGGCGCGCCGUCAUCAUGAUCAGCCUCACGUGGCUCGUGGGGUUCUCCAUCUCCAUCCCGCCCAUGCUGGGCUGGAGGACGCCGGCGGACAGGGCGGACCCGAACGCGUGCAAGAUCAGCCAGGACCACGGCUACACCAUCUACUCCACGUUCGGCGCCUUCUACAUCCCGCUCAUCCUCAUGCUCGUGCUCUACGGUCGGAUCUUCAAAGCGGCGCGCUUCCGGAUUCGCAAGAACGCCAAGAACCGCGAGAAGAGGGUCUGCGACGCCAGCGUGGCCUUGAACGAGGAGAUGAUGCACCGGCGACUCAACGGCGCUGCUGCUGCUGCUGCUGGUGGUGUCGACGGAGCUGGUGCUGGUGCCGGCGGCUCAGCGAUGAACGGCAAGCAGCAGCAGCAGCAGCAUCACCAGCAGCAGCAGCAGCACUCCAGCAGACGCGACAGUUCCGAAUCCAGGCCGCCCUUCUGCUGCAACGGCGCCGUGCGCAGCUACGAGGACGAGACGCCCGUGCAGGUGAUGGAGGCGCCGGGCGGUGGGCACUGCACGCUGCACCUGCUGCCCAACAACGUGAACCAGGAGGCGACGCGACUGGGCGAGGGCGCCGAGCGAGGAGGAGGAGGGGGCGGCGAGAGAGCCACGGACUCGAGGCGCAAGACGGCGCUCGCGCGGGAGCGCAAGACCGUGAAGACGUUGGGUAUCAUCAUGGGCACCUUCAUCUUCUGCUGGCUGCCCUUCUUCAUCGUGGCGCUUAUCUCGCCCUUCUGCGGCGAGCGAUGCCGCCAUUCGCCGCCGGGCGUGUUCGCCGUCAUCAACUGGCUCGGCUACUCCAACUCGCUGCUGAACCCCAUCAUCUACGCGUACUUCAACAAGGACUUUCAGAACGCCUUCAAGAAGAUCGUCCGGUGCAGGUUCUGCAGGAAGUAGGAGACUCGUUGUGGGUUUCAUGGUCGGGAGAUGUAUGUGGAGGUGGGUGGGUGGGUGGGGGGCUUAUUUGUUUAUGAGCAAUGUUGAUGGUGAGAGGACCCGCGGUAAAUGUCUGACCGUUGGGUGACUUCGUGUGGUGAUGGUGACGCUGAAUCGAUGUACAAUGCAGUUCGGUGUCGAACAAUGAAAGAUCCCGCCCCCCCCCUCUCACUUAACACCCUCAUCCCCUUAAUUAAUUGUCUAUCGAUUAAAUAAUCGAUUCGGCGAUGAAUGUAACAGCCUCAAGUGAGUGGCUAACAGUACACUUUCAGUUCAAUCCGCUGCUGUAUUAAGGCAUCUCUCGCUCUCUUUCCUCGCCGUGUCUUGCCUACGAUGUUGUAUUCAUGUCACACACAGUAAUGCACACCGUCCGCGACCACAGUGCGUGAAAUUGGUGGGUGUAAUAAUCGACCAUAAUCGAUUAAACCGUGGCAUCGUUGCACGCUCUCUCCGGGAUGUAGACCAACCCUUCGAUGACGUUCACAAUGUAGAUGUAUUUUUUAUUUUUUAAUAUGUUAUGAACGUUCUUAAUACGUUCACGCGAAAGUCUAGACUGGGCUGUUAAAAAAAUAAUGAACACGUUUAUAUGCUAUUAAUGGUUUAGUGUAAAUAAUACAAUACGAUGUACAUAAUGCAAUAGACUGCGGUUUUAAAAAUGCAGUGACAAUUGGAUUUAAAUAUCCUCUAAAUGCAAAUGCAUCUUGAAGACGCUGUAAUACUCAGCUGUGGGACACGGGGGGGGGGGGAUGUGGGGAGAGAGAUGAAUAUGAAAGAGACUCAACGUUGAGGAUGCCACUCAGAAUUCAAGUUUGUUAUUUUCAAGAUCACACCUCACACCGCGUGGCUUUAUUCGUUUGCCUGUUCAAAAUGAAGCCACUGCGAGUUGGCCGAGAAUCGCUCGAUAUUUACUCGCUUGCUCAACGCAGAGGAGAUAUUUCGUUUACAGCCAAUGCACACAAGAGUCGCAGUUUAUGGGCAGAAACGGAUGGGGAGAAGAGAAUGAGGUUCUGAGCCACCUGUAAAUAUGAACGGCGUACAAGUAGAUGUUUCCGCUGUUCACGUUUACACCGACACACAACGAAUUGAGAGGACAAGCGAAACUUCACUUUCCUAUGUGCACAUUGGGUGGCACCCGAAUAAACAACGCCAUAGGGAUGGCAGAAGUGGGAGGUCUUGGGCCUAGACUUGAACAGGGGCUGGAGUCUACAGCGCGGACGGCGGGGGGAAGAGUUCAGAACUGCCGGGCAGCAAAGGAGAACGAGAGACCUCCCGCAGAGCGAAAGUUGACUGCGGGCUUCCGCAGAAAGCCUUGGUUCCUGGAGGAGAGUGAGAGGAGACGAGUGAGAUGGGAGGGGCGAGGUAGAUGAGUGCGUUGAGGGGAGUAGAGUGAGAUGAGAGGGGA